AAAUUGCAUACAAAAACACCGAGUGUUUGGUAAUUAUCGGGUAUUUAGAGCAAUUUAUAAACUGAAGGUGGGAAAUACAAACUUACCUCAACAAGGAAAUUAUGUUGUGAGAACAUUUUAGCAUAACCUUCAUACUUUCUCGUACCUGUACAAUCAUUUGAUUAAAAAUUAUCGUAUAGUGGGGAUUCCUCGGGUUGGUGGUUUAUGUGAUUGUAUUGCAUUGCACCUAUUUGUCACUUUCCACUGUUUUGGAUAUAACAAAAGAUACCCAGAGAGUUUGUUUGAUCCAGCCAAAUGCAUGACCGUAUUUAAUUAAUUGUAUUAAGAGGGAGACAGGACAAAUGUCACCAACUAACCACUGUUUAAACAACUCUGAAGAUAUUAAAUAAAUCCUAUAAUCUUAAAAUAAUAGAAAAAUGCACAAAACCGGACAAGGUGUCAAAUGCAAGACUUAAAACAAGAUACGAACGCAAAGACUGGUUCAAUGAUGGAGAUAAAGUAAUAUAUAGGUGUCAACCUGGAUAUACAAUGGAAGGUACAGGAAAGCAAAGGUGGUGCCGAACAGGAAACUGGACGGGCGUUCUCUUUACAUGCAAUCAAAAAUGCACAAAACCGGACAAUGUUUUAAAUGCAGAACUUAAAACGAAAUACAAGCGUAAAGAAAGGUUCAAUGAUGGGGAUAGUGUAGAAUACAAAUGUCAACCUGGUUACACAAAAGAAGGUACAACAAGGAAAAGAUGGUGCCGAAAAGGAAAAUGGACGGGCGUUCGCUUUUCAUGCAAUCCUGAUCAGCCGUACCGGCAAUCGACACUUAAUCAAGAUUUGAAGGUAAGCAUAUAAGGUAGGGAAA